UCCAAUAGGUUUUUCGACUUUGCUUUUUCCAUUCGUCGAAGGUCUGGAUAAACGCGAAGUGCGAUGAACAUUUCUGGGGACAGAGAAGAAAUCAAUAUGCCGCUGGACAGGGAGAGGCCCUGCAUGGCCCAUUCCGCGGACCGGGCACACUGUUGGUACUUCUCGGAGUACUUCCUUCCCGACCCGUGGCGCGCUUUUCAAAACUUGGCGCUCUUUGCGGACGCGGUCGGCAGCAGGGCAACCAACCUUUGAGUUGACAGUAGUGCUGCGGGAUUAGGCCGAGUCAUUCGGCCACUAGUUCAGUUGUUGACAACAAGGCCGACCCGCGCCUCACGGCCCCGCAUCGGGGGACCGAGGUCUACGACCACUGUACCCGCCAUCGCUGUGGCAGUGCUGGCUGGGGCCUGAGGCAGCACGCCGGUGGUCCGUUCCUGUCUCACUCGUAGACGAUCUCGGUAGCCUGGGUUCCAUUCUACUUGUUUCGGCCCGGGACUUGAAACUUGGAACGCACAGAGCGGCGCGCCGAGCGACAGGGCGACAGGAUGCGUGCGUGCGUGGUGGGGGCGGGCAUCGUCGGGCUGCACACGGCGCUCGAGCUGCAGCGCGAGCUCGGCGCCUCCCUGGACAUCACCAUCCUGGCCGACAAGUUGAACGAGGAGACCACCGGUGACGGCGCGGCCGGCUUCGUCUUCCCCUCCACCUAUUUCACGGGGCCGUCGCCCGAGGUCACCAAGCGGUGGAUCCGGGACUCGUACGAUUGGUACGAUGCGGCUUGCUGGUCGGACCAGGGCCGCGCCAGUGGCGUGGCCGAGCUCUCGGGGUACUUCUACUCCAACGCGAGCCGCGCGCGAGUGUGGAACCACCUCAUGAAGGACGUCUGCCCGGAGUACCGCGACGCCACCGACGACGAACUGCAGCUGUUCCCCGGCGGCGCGCGGUUCGGGUCCUUCGUCCGCACGCUGCUCGUCGAAUGCCGCUACUUCCUGCCCUGGGCGCUGAGCAGGCUCCAGGAGGGCGGCGCCAAGGUGCAGCGGCGCACGGUGAGCGCGUGGAGCGAGCUGGCGGACUUCGACGUGGCCUUCAACUGCACGGGCUUGGGUGCGGCAGAGCUGUGCGCCGAUCACUCGGUGGUGCCUGUCCGCGGGCAGGUGUACAAGGUGGCCGCGCCGUGGAUCAAGACCUUCACGUACUUCGACGGGGACACCUACAUCAUCCCUGGCCGCGAGCAGGUGACGCUGGGAGGCUCUCGCUGGCUGGGCAACCCGUCCCUGGCCGUGGACCCGCACGAGAGCGCCGCCAUCUGGGAGAAGUGCGUGCGCGCCGUGCCCAGCCUGCAGCGGGCGCGCGUGCUGCGCCAGUGGGUCGGCCUCAGGCCCUUCCGCUGCCCCGUGCGCGUCGAGGCGGAGACCGUCGCCGUGCAAGGCGGCUCGGCCCUCAAGGUGGUGCACAACUACGGCCACGGCGGGUACGGCAUCACCGCGGCCCCCGGCACGGCCCGCCACGCCGUCGCCUUGUUCAAGGAGGGCAUGAGAGCGAGCGGACUCGGCGGACUAGGGGCAUCGGCAUCGUGCAAGCUGUAGCGCAGCCGGCCAAUCCAGCGUCCAGCACAGGAGUGCCAAUUCACCAUGAGGUUUUCAACUGGAUCUGUUACUCCUUAAGUCUGUGUUCCUUUUCAUUAUUAGAAU